AUGGCGAUUCGAGAAUGUCAAUGUGAGUUGGGCCAUCGUAGACGUGAACGUGUGCGUGUGCGGGUGCGUGUGCGGGUGAGGUGAAACCCCUAUUCGACAUUCUUGAUUCUCAUUUGUCCGUCCAUGCCGUGCGCCGCGCCGCGCCGCGCCGCCCUGCGCUGUGCCGUGCAAUUGAACUUGACUCUCGACUCCGCUUCGGGCAAACCUCUGAUCGUCGCCGCAAUCACGAUGUUCACCAUUUGGAUUCUUGAUUCUUGCUUUGAUUCUUGAUUCAAUUUGCUUUGCUUUUGCCCGCUUCUUCUCGCGAGUGUGUGCACACGUGAUGCGACCGUGCAUGGGGUGUUGGGUUGCACUCUUGACUCACGUGACUUGCUGGUGAUUGAAUGGAUAGCCGGCCACGUGGGCGUGGGCGUGGGCGUGGGCGCGAGGCGCACGGAUGGGAACAGCUGCAAAGAAAUCGCGCCACGCCGCGCGAAGCUUUCGACGAAACGCGGCUCCAAUGCUGGCUGCUCACAGCCUUUGCCUGUCUGCAUCGCUCCACCAUUCGCCAUCCGCAUCCACCCAGGUGCGCACGCAAUACGCAACACCCGCGGCCACACCCGCACCCACACCCACACCCACACCCACACCCACACCACACACCACACACCCAACGCCAACGCUCUCGACUGCCACCCCACUCAUCAACACGAGGUGAGUAGACGGCGUCCACAUCAUCCAGCACCCCGCCCUGCCAUGCCAUGCCAUGCCAUGCCAUGCCACGCAAGCAACGCAAGCAAGCAGCGCGAGCGAGCGAGCCCAAUCAUGAUGAGUCAGCAUAUAUUCAUAGUUCACUCUGCAGCGGCAUUCAUUUGUUCGCGAUGAGGAAGAACCAAAUCAUCUUUCAAAAUGUCUUUCACCCCUAUCUGAAUGUGUGCAGUGCAGCAGUGCACCGCUUGCGUGGUGGGCAAAGGCGUGUGGAGUGGCAGGGGCAGUGGCAGUGGCAGUGGCUGUGGCAGUGGCUGUGGCUGUAUGCGGGCAGUGUGCUCGCCCGCCCGCUCGCACAGCUCACUCCCUCUUGCUCUUCCUUCCCCUCUUCACAACGCAGAUGUCGACAUCAGCAGCAUCGGCCGAGUGCCACGUGGUGAUUGGCGGCUCUGGAUUCUUGGGAUCGGCCAUCAUCAAGGCGUUGGUGGGAAGAGGGGAGAAGCGCGUGGUGAAUGUGGAUGUCAGGUCUCCUGAUCAGCACAGCCUCAGCACCAGCAUCACAGGCAGCAGCUUUGAAAAGGGCGACAUUACCAACAAGGAAUCGCUCGCACUCCUCUUUGCAUCGCUCAAACCCAAUGUCGUCUAUCACACCGCAUCCCCGCUCGCAGACUCGAGCUCGAAGCAGGUGUACGAACUGGUCAAUGUGCAGGGAACGCAGAACGUCAUCGAAGCUGCGCAAGAGGCCGGCGUCAAGAAGCUCGUCUUUACCAGCUCUGCCAGCGUCAUCUUUGACGGCACGGACCUCGUCAAUGCCGACGAGAGGCUGCCCUACCCUCAGCGCGUCUUUGACGAGUAUUCGACGACCAAGGCUCGUGCAGAGCAGCUCGUGCUGCUAGCCAAUGGCGAAAAGAACCUCAAGACGUGCGCCAUUCGGCCCGCUGGCAUCUUUGGGUGAGUGGGCAGCUUCAAGUCAGCGCAAGGCGAUGCGCCCGUCGCGCUAAAGAGCGUCGCGCUCCCUUGCCCCCCGCCCCCCUCUUCGCAGACCCGGUGAUCGACAAGCUCUGCCUGGCUUUUUCAAGGUGCUUGCUUCAGGAAAGACCAAUUUUCAGCUUGGCGACAACAAGAAUCUCUUCGACUGGACAUAUGUGGACAAUGUAGCACACGCUCAUUUACUCGCAGCCGACAAGCUGUCUUCGGCUUCGCCCGUCUAUCCUGCAGAGUUCCUUGCCAGCGUGCACGUCCCUCUGAAGGUCGCAGCCCUGACCGACAAGGCAGAUCGCCGCGUGCCCACCUCCGAAAGCAGACUCAGUCCACCUGGCGUGCCCGACUUUGCUGCAGACUUGCCAAGCACAUUGACGCGAGAGCAGCGUGGUCUGGAUGGUCAGGUGCCCACGAUUGACGUUCGAAGGUGAGCAGCUUUUUUGCGAGAAUGCUUUGGCGCCACGGCUGAAUGCGUUCUUUCCCGCUCCCUGCCAGUGUCGCGCGAAACAAGUUUGACCAAUUCUUCCUGCAAGAGGGUGUGGAGAGCAUCAACAAUCCCUUGCCCAACGUGUGGGACUAUGCCAAGGAAGAUCCGGGUGUCCGCGUCGACGGUCAAGUCUUUCACAUUACCAAUGGUCAGGUAAGUGUGUGGACGGGCGUGCGGGUGCCAGGCGGCCGUAAAAAUCGAGCUCACGCCGUCGACGCUGCCGCUUGCUCGCUCAGCCAAUGCCAUUCUUUGACUUUCCUCGCGCUUUGUGGAAGGCGUAUGACGGUACGAUUGUGGACCCUGCCAAAGUGUGGAAUGUGCCAGUGGAUCUCGCCUUUCCGAUUGCCGCUGUUCAAGAGUGGUUCGGAUGGAUGUUUGGCACGAAACCGGACAUGACGCGAUUCAAGAUCACAUUCAGCGUCUCUAAGCGUGUGAGUGCAGAUGCGGGCGGUAUGGUGUGGUGGUGGUGGUGGUGGCGCGAGACUCAACGCCGCGACUUCUUGCGCAGUACUACAACAUCGAAAGGGCACGCCGAGCGCUAGGCUACACACCCUUGGUAGGCAUGGAAGAGGCCAUCGAGAGGAGCGCCAAGGUAGGUGACAUGAACCGCGCCAUGUUUUGCACUGGCGCAGGCUGACCAACUUUCAUGAUCGCAUGCAGUGGUGGCGCGACGAGCAGCAACGCGCUGCAAAGUGA